CAUUGUAAGGCAGACCCUACAAUAAUACAUACAUUACUGAAGGUGAUUAAAAAAACAGUUCCUACUUCAUCGAAUUACAAACAAGGAGAAUGAACAAAUGUGACCGUAAAAUUAUGAACAGCCGUAAAGAAAAUGUAAAUGUUAUCAGAAUAUUUUCAUUCCAUACUCUCUCCAGGUAUUAUUUUUAGAAAAGGUCAAACUGGUUAUUUGUCAGAUUGAUCUGAAAAGGAAGUGACUUUUUAAAAACUGACUUGACUCAGCUACGAAGAAAACGGCUCUGGGAAAAUCACCAGGACAAGAACGCUUCAGCACUUUUGCGCAGAUAUCAGAGGUUUGCUUCGUAAAGCAAUAAAACAAUGUAUACAGUGAAGCGAGAGAUAAUUAGUUUAAUACCAAAACGAAAUAUUCUGAAUAAUUUAAGGCCAAUUACAUUCAUAUUUACACAGAUGGCUUGCUCCAGACACAUAAUAACAACAGUGGGGCAGCAGAUUUGUUAGAUUAGGCAGAACGGCUGGAGCAGAAUGAAAGAAAGUGAAAUAACGUUUGUCAGGUAAGUAUGAAAGUUUUUGGAUUUUCCAAACAACAAAGGCGGAACAGAUUUCAGUAUUUAUUGAUCCAACACAUGCUUUAAAAGUGUCAAACGGAACUAUUAACAUGAUACACCAAAUUACAAUUUCACUUAAAAUAAUAACAUCUCCCUCGAAAAAGCUUUAUAGUAAAAUCGUUAGAAACAGGAGGUUAGAAUGUAAUAAAUGCUGUGAGUGCGUUACAGACAUUCAUCAGUUCUGGUUUAGUGUCCCAGUAUCUUCUCCAAACACUGGGUGGGGUCCAGUUUGACUCCUUAAACGUGCUGGUAUUACUGCCUUGAAAAAAAAAAGGCUCUACAAGAGAUUUUCUUCUCAAACUGAGCGAUAAUAUUUUUUCCUAAUGUGGCUUAAUACCCCGUCGUGGAUUUUUACGUACACAGGUACACGUGUAAAUAAAAAGUCGACGAGUAUUUUAGUUUUAUAAGCGCUGCCCUAUUUCACAGAAGAAUGGUGCUUUGGCGCAAUCGGUACUUAAAAAAGUAGAAGUCCAGUAAAUCACAGCUGUUAGCAGUUUUAGCGUUACAGCCAGCCCGCGGAACAAGAAGUGAGGAGAAACACCUGGCUCAGGUUACGGAAAUAACAGCCAAGUCAGAGUUCCGCAUAAUUUCAACACUGAAAGAAUUUGACAGGACAAAGUGUCCUCGGUGUGUUUGUACAGUGGAGGAGUGGACAGCAGCUCGAAGGCGAUGGGAAACUGGGAAAGCUUCAGACGAGACAACAGGGAGUCCAGAAAGGAGCCGGUUGGAAAAGAGCCCAACGUACCAGAAAUUACAGUGACUGAAGCGUCGCCGCUCUCUCCAGAGAGGUCUUUCUUUAGCGUACCUGGGCCUGCACACACUGGUAGGACGGGACAGGUACUUACUGCUGCUGAGCAGCAGGCUGAGUCUGAGUCACAGGAAAGCCUGAGCGCAGCAGAGGGGCUUAGUGUGACCAUGUGCAGAAAGUCUGCAGAGUCCCAGCACAGGUCUCCCUUUGGCCCGCCGGAGUCACAGGAGGAGGAGGAGGAGGAGGAGCGCGUAGAUACGCACAGUUUGUCUGGAAGUGACGAUAACAGCACCCCAAGAGGCAGCCGCAAGCAUUUCAUAGAGGUCAUGAUGAACAGCUCCCCAGCGAUUCGGCGCUCUUUUUACCUGUCCCCCAGGGCUGAAGCUGACUCCACCUCUAUGGUUUCCUCCACCCUGGACGAAGACAGGACAGCUGUAGCCUUGGAGCCUAUGGAGCAUGAGUGGAUGAUGUGUGCUUCAGACGGGCAGUGGAGCAGCUUGCAUCGCCUCCUCACCGCAGAACCCAGCCUCAUCCUGAAGAAGGAUUUUGUGACUGGCUUCACCUGCCUUCACUGGGCCGCCAAGCACGGCAAGCCUGAGCUCAUAGCCAUGAUUAUUAAUUUUGCCAAGCUGCACAACAUUUCUGUUAGUAUUGAUAUUCGAUCCAGCACCGGCUAUACACCUCUGCACAUCGCCACCAUGCACGGUCAUGUGGAGGUGGUCAAGCUUCUGGUUAGAACCUACAAUGCAGAUGUGGAGAUCAGAGACUACAGUGGGAGGAAGGCCUGCCAAUACCUCACCGACAACGUGAGCGUGGAUAUACGGAGCAUCGUUGGAGGCUGUGAGUGCUCUGCAGGUGAGAACUCUCAUCCCAGGGACGGAAGACGCUGGAGGAUCUCUAACAUAAAGCCCCUCAGCCAGCUCAACUCCAACGAUUGUGCUUCUGGGGACAGUGAGGGCCAACCCAGGGAAAAGCCCCUCAGGAGGAAGUCCUCACUGAGCAGGAUGAAGCCCAAACUGCAGAAGCUUCGUGACAGGACAUCCCAGAUUGUCCACAGCACUUCAUUCAAAGAUAAGGAGCAACAGGGAGGGUCAAAGAGAGCCUCCUUUAGAUCCAGAGCCAAGAGCCACUUCUAUGGGUCAGAUCAGUACUGACACAGGAUGUGGUGGAGCACUAUGUAUAUCUCCCAGCUUAUUUUCAUUUAUCGUUAUUGCAAACAACCUUUCAGUGCAGUGUCUGCUUGAUUUGACUGAACAUCAUGUUGAUUCAAUGGGAACAUGAAAAACAUGCUUAGCUAGCUUUGGAUUAUCAAACAGGAACUUUUCUGUGUGGUGAAUAUAUGAAGCAGCUUUCAUGGUUACUGUGGCCCACUGAAGGUUGUGGGGUCAGUGGAGGUGGACAUGAGUGACUGUACUUUUCACAGCUUUUCUCUCCUUUUAGUUUUCUUUAUGAAAUAAACUGAGGGAACAGUAAUGGUCAGUAUUUGGCUCUAUGAUGUACAACAAACGCACACUGUGUGUUCACAGCAGUAACUCCUAUUAGCCUUUAAAUCAGAUCACAGAGGGUGAGACUCCCUCUGCAGGCCAAGCUGUGUAUUUUUAUCUGUCCACAGCUGACACUGAAGCCCGUUGACUAAUCCGCCUGCAGUGAUCCAGAUUACUGUGUCACGAGGCUGUGAGGGAGUGUAAGGUGACAGAGAAGCUCUGGCAAAGUGUGACCACUUUGUGUGACCGCUGUGCACCAAGUGUACUGAUCUGAGCAUGUCACAUGAUCCAUUUUAGUGAGUUUAUGGUUUACUGUAUGUGAGGACAGCACUGCUGAGAUGGAGGCACAGCAAAGUGGAAAAGAGGCUUAUGAGCCACGCAUGUACUAAACGUCCUGCUUCACCUUCUGCUCACACCCGGCAUCUCAUUUCUGGGAAAACCCUUUUCCCUGAUGUUGUAUGGAUGUAUGGAAGUUUUGUCACCCUGUUUUUCAUCAGUGUGUAAAGAAGCACUUCUUCACUUAGCUACACGUUUAAUCUUUAACAGCUUGCACUUCAGCAUUUGUAUUUGCACAUGUUUACCUGGGUUAUUGACACCAUUUGCAUGUUUGUUUUACUUAUUAAAUAAAGCACUCCA